ACACUUGGCUUCCGGCUCGGAUAAUGAGAGGAAAUGUGGUCAUCAGCUCACAGAAGGCUAGGGGUUUGGAGCUGUGGCUCCAUUCACUGCUCCCUGACCUCAACGGUCUGUCUCCCAUAGACGCCCUCGGCUGUUCCCUGGGACCCCGUGGACCAUGCUGGAGAUGUCGUCUCUCAGUCGCUGGGGCCUACACGCCGCCCUUCUCGCCCUGCUCUGCUGCUCAGAGUCUGGUGAGGCGGCCUUCGAGGUAUACACAUGGCCAGAGAGGCUGGUGGUGGAGAGCAGAGGGUCUGGGAUGGUCAACUGCAGCACCAGCUGUGCUCAGCCUGAAUCAGGUGGCCUGGAGACCAACCUGGAGAAGACUCUGCUGGAGGAGCAGCCUCAGUGGAAGUCCUACUUGAUCUCUAACGUCUCCCAGGACAUGGUCCUCAUUUGUUACUUCAACUGUGCUGGGAAGCAGCAGACAAAGAGUCUCAACGUCAGCGUGUACCAGCUUCCUAAGCAGGUCACACUGAAGCUGCAGCCCAUGUGGGUGACCCUGGGCAAACCUUUCACUAUCGAGUGCAGGGUGCCCACUGUGGAGCCUAUUGAGAGCCUCACCCUCACCCUGCUCCGUGGCAAGGAGACCCUGCACAGCCAGACCUUUAGUGGGGGAGCACCUGCCCCCCAAGAGGCCAGAGUCGCCCUCAACAGCACAGCAAACAAAGAGGAUGGCCUCCUGAACUUCUCCUGUCAGGCUGAGCUGGACCUGCGGGCUCGCGGUGGGAGUGUCUUUCGCAGCAUCUCGGAAAACCAGGUCCUCGAGGUCUAUGAACCCACACUGAACAACCAGACGAUCAUCAUUUUCCCAGUCGUGUCAGUACUGCUGUUCUUGUUCGUGACGUCCGUCCUGCUCUGCUUUAUCUUCGGCCAGCACUGGCGCCAGAGGCGGACAGGCACCUAUGGGGUGCGUGCUGCCUGGAAGAGGCUGCCCCAGGUCUUCCGGGCACAGCCUGCGUGAGCUGCGUGGCCACAGCCAUGGUGACUGCUGGAACUCAACGUGACUCCUCAGGGUUGUGGUCCGGCCCUGGUUGAAGGACUAUGACAGCAGCCCAGGACCCUGGGGACAUUUCUUUUCUAGCCUGAAUACAAAUGCCUGGACUUAA